AAUCAAACUUUUACUGAUUUGUGAAACAAUGGAAAGAAUACAUUAAUUAGUUUUUAUUUACUAAAUUCCAAGUUUGAUGUCACAGUGGACGCAGUAUCGGUAAUAUGUAACGAAUUUGAUAAUGUUCAGAUUAGUGUCGACGAAUUUAUAUUGUAUACGAUAAAAUUGUCAAUGAAUCAUCGCGACUGCCGUAACCUAUGAGUAUUGUCCUUUGCGCCUUUCGAACAUUCGUCGACAUCACAUAUUUUUGUGUUGUUACAUCGUCGAUCGGAAGAAUUCCGAUAAAUUCUCUUUUUAAAUGAAUCCUAGUGAACCAAGGUGGUCGUAGGACUUGUGAUAGAUCACUGGGUCUAUGCGAGAAUAAAAUAUCUCACAUUUUUCUAAUAAAUUAUCCGCAAGUCAUAUCAGUGUAAUAAUUUAUUUCUUAUCAAAGUACUCGCGCGUCAAGAACAUUAAAACAGCUCACAAUGACAUCGCUGCAUCAAAAUGAAAAAAUUUUAUGCACAGAUGUUGCUGCUGCCGAUCAGUGCAAGUCGUCUAAUGUAAAAAUAUCCAACACGUCCAACAUGUCUAACGUCAAUCAUAUAGAGAAGAGAUACAACGACAUUGUCAAAUCUCCAAAUGACAAACGAGAAUACAGAGGUUUGUUGCUCACCAAUCGAAUGAAGGUUCUGCUCAUUAGCGAUCCAACGACAGACAAGAGUGCCGCGGCUCUGAGCGUGAACAUUGGCUACUUGAGCGAUCCAGACGAUCUACCAGGUCUUGCACAUUUCUGUGAACACAUGUUGUUCUUGGGAACAGAAAAAUAUCCAGAGAAAAAUGAUUACAACAAAUACCUGUCGCAGAACGGUGGCACGUACAAUGGAUCGACUAACAUGGAUCAUACCCUCUAUUAUUUCGAUGUGCACUCGGAGAAAUUGAAAGGCGCACUAGAUCGUUUUGCACACUUCUUCAUCUCGCCGCUCUUCACCGAAGCUCUGACCGAGUUAGAAUUGAACGCUGUCAACUCUGAAUUCGAGAAAAACGUAGCGAACGACACGUGGCGGCUCGAUCAGAUUGAAAAAACGUCUGCCGAUCCCAAUCAUCCUUAUUCGAAAUUCGGUUCCGGUAACAAGGACACGUUGGACACGAUCCCAAAAAGGAAAGGGAUAAACGUGAGAGAGCAACUACUUCAAUUUCACAAGAGAUAUUAUUCUUCCAACAUUAUGGCCUUGUCUGUACUUGGCAAAGAGAGCUUGGAUGAUCUCGAGAGCAUGGUAGUAGAGCUAUUUUCUCAAGUGGAGAACAAGGACGUAGAAGCGCCCGUUUGGACGCAGCACCCUUUCGAUGAACGACACUUUCAACACAAAUGGUACGUCGUUCCGAUAAAAGACAUGCGGAAUCUGUACAUUAUAUUUCCACUACCCGAUUUGCGAGAGCAUUACAAAGCAGCGCCCGCACGGUACAUAGCACACUUGCUGGGGCACGAAGGAGAAGGAUCGCUGUUGUCCUGCCUGAAGGCAAAAGGAUGGUGUAACUCGCUUGGAUCGGGUAAAAGAUCGGGCACCAGCGCCAGGGGAUUCAGCUUCUUCGCCGUUUUCGUCGAUCUGACAGAGGAAGGUAUCCAGCACGUCGACGACAUCGUACUACUCACCUUCCAGUACAUAAACAUGUUGAAGGAACAAGGGCCGGUGGAAUGGAUUUACAAUGAAUACAGAGACAUUGCAAACAUGAACUUUCGGUUCAAAGAAAAGAGCCAUCCUUGCGACUACGUCAGCGGUAUAGCGCAGAUACUUUACGAUUAUCCGAUCGAGGAUAUUUUAGUAGUUGGAUACCUGUUCCCGUCGUGGAGACCGGAUCUGAUCGAUUGGAUAAUGGAUUAUCUGAAACCGGAGAACGUGAGGAUUCACGUGAUCGGGAAAAUGUUCAAGAGCAUAGCCGACGAGACUGAAAGAUUGUACGGUAUCAAAUACAAGAAGGAGAAAAUACCACAGGCCACUACGGACACGUGGAUGAAGGCUGGUUUGGAUCCAGCCUUGAGACUGCCACCGAAAAAUAUAUUCAUACCGGAAAAGUUUGACAUAAAACCGGCAGAAGAGAGUGGUGUGUCGAAAUUUCCGACAAUCAUAGAGGACACGUCGUUGAUCAGGCUGUGGUUUAAGCAGGACGAUGAAUUUCUCAUGCCCAGAGCCAAUUUAUUCGUCGAUUUCGUCAGUCCUCUGGCCUACAUGGAUCCUCUCAAUUGCAACUUGAUGUAUUUAUUCGUGUUGUUAUUUCGUGAUUCUCUGAACGAGUACGCGUACGCUGCUGACAUAGCCGGCCUCAAAUGGGAGCUCAACAACAGUAAAUACGGGAUGACGUUAGGAAUCGGAGGCUACGACGACAAGCAACACGUGUUGCUAGAUAAAAUCAUAGAUAAAAUGAUCAACUUUAAGGUCGAUCCAAAGAGAUUCGAAAUUUUGAAAGAGAGCUACGUUAGAGGUCUGAAAAACUAUAAAACUGAACAACCGUAUCUGCACGCGGUUUAUUAUCUGGCCGUUUUAAUGUCGGAACAGACCUGGGCGAAGGAAGAACUACUGAACGCGACUGCCCAAUUGACGGUCGACAGAGUCCAACAGUUCAUCCCGCAGUUUCUGACCAAGAUACACAUGGAAUGUUUAGUUCACGGUAACAUGACAAUGUCAGAAGCUAUCGCGACGGCCAAGUUGAUUGAAUCAAAGUUGUCGGCCACGAUACCACACAUAGUCCCGCUCCUGCCCAGGCAAUUGAUUUUGCACCGAGAAAUUAAACUUGGAGACGGUUGUCACUUUUUAUUCGAGGUCACGACCAAGUAUCACAGCAGCUCGUGUACACAGAUUUAUUAUCAGACCGGUCUGCAAUCGACCGAGUCGAACAUGUUGUUGGAGCUCUUGGCACAAAUUUUAUCGGAACCUUGCUUCACUACGCUCAGAACUAAAGAGCAAUUGGGAUACAUAGUGUUUAGUGGCGUUCGGCGAACGUACGGUGUACAAGGCUUGAGAAUUAUAGUUCAGAGCGACAGACAUCCUAAAUACGUCGAACAGAGAAUCGACGCGUUUCUAAAGUGUAUGAUGGAACACGUGUCGUCGAUGAACGACGAAGAAUUCGAGUCGCACAAAGAAUCGUUGGCGAUUCGACGAUUAGAAAAGCCUAAACAAAUGAAUACCCUGUCGGCUAUAUUUUGGAGCGAAAUAGUGUCGCAACAAUAUAAUUUUGAUCGAGCAAACAUUGAAGUUACGUAUUUGAGAACUGUGACGAAGGAGCAGAUACUGAGCUUCUACAAAGAAAUGCUUCGAAACGAUGUUCAACAUAAACUAUCGGUGCACAUACUUUCCACGUUGAAAGAUCCGUCAUCUGAUGACGCGACAUCUAGCGACGCUAACGAGUCGAUGAACACUACUAUUGAAUAUAAAAAGAUUGAUGAUAUUCUGUCGUUCAAAACUAGUCAGUGUCUGUAUCCAUUGUUGAAACCGUUCACUGACAUACCGAGAAAAGGAGCACUCUCGUCGAAAUUAUAGAUCGACCAACGAUUGUAAAUACCGGUACUCGUACUCGUAGAGAACGACGUCAAACGAGCACGAUGGUUCCAACACGGUCGCGUAAACAAAAUAAAAAACAUUGUACAAUUA